AUGGCUCAAGCGUGGGCCGCCAUUCAGUCAAAGUGCAGUCUCAGUCUUCCAACAGCAACCCAAACGUUGAAGACAAAUGUCACGUCGCUUGGCAACUAUGCUCCACCUGGGUAUGCCACUGCAGUCUGCGUUGCAGGCCGCACAUACACGGUGGCUGCUAGUGACAACUGCAUUGAUAUCUCCAAGAAGAGUGGCGUUUCGACGGGCUCAUUGAUUACGCUGAACAGCCUGCGGAUGGACUGCACGAACAUCUUUGCUGGUCAAAGUCUCUGCCUUCCACCUACUUGCGCUAGUUAUGUGGUUCAAAGCGGCGACAACUGUUUGAAGGUCGCCUCGCAAUUCAACACUACCUACCAGCAAGUAAUCGCUUGGAAUCCAACCGUCGAUAGCUACUGCACCAACUUGAUCGCAGGCCAAAAUAUCUGCGUUGGGCCACCUGGUGGUGUUCUCAACUUCACGACGAUCCCAGGUGCAACCGUAACUAAGACUGCGAUCUAUGCGUCCGCUACGGCUGAUAGACCAGCGCCUGUCGCGAGCGGAACCACGACCAAGUGCGGCAAGUACUACAAGGUCCAACUGGUAUGCCCCUCUGAACUGUGCAGUUACAAAGUAACAUGGGCUCAGACGAAGCUCGUCCUUGAGGCCGAAGUAUCAAUCAACACUAACCGUCAACUUUCGCAUUGA